AGGAAGCUAACGGGCGAGGAAAGGGUUAAAUACCUGAAGUGGGCGAAGUUCAGCUCCACUCUCGACCUUCCAAUCCAGCGAGGAGCCUCAGACUGAAACCGAGCAGCUCCGCAAUGGCCACAGAUUUCACCCAAGACUCCGUUUUACGCUUCAUUCUGAGCCGCGGCGGCUCCGUCAGGAACUCGGACCUGCUGCUGCACUUCCGGCCUUUCCUCCGGGAGAACGACGAGCAAGUUCGGAACCGCGAACUCUUCAAGAAGUUCGUCAACUCGGUGGCCACCGUCAAGCAGGAAGAUGGCGCGUCGUACGUCGUUCUCAGGAAGAAAUUCAGGGGCUCCACGCCGAGUGGAGGCGGAACUUUGACUUCCGGGACAGUCGCCGGGAGGACGGCUCAACCCUCCCCGGAGAAGGCGACCUCCAACCCGGUUUGGGGCAGAGAGAGAGCUCGGCAGAGGGAGGCGACGACACCUGCACUUCCAGCUGAAAUUGCCAUGAAAAAUGUCCUACCUGCGGCAGGUAUCAUACUUAAUAACAACAAUAACGUCCAAACUAAUUUGAACCUUACACCAGCAGCUGUAAGCCAACCUCAAAUAUCUGCUCCAACACCAACCAGAGCCCAAAGUCCACCUGACCCUCAAUCUAUAAAGUGCCAACCUCAAAUAUCUGCUCCAAGACCAACCAGAGCCCAAAGUCCUCCAGACCCUCAAUUUAUAAAGUGCCAACCUCAAAUAUCUGCUCCAAGACCAACCAGAGCCCAAAGUCCACCAGACCCUCAAUCUAUAAAGUGCCAACCUCAAAUAUCUGCUCCAAGACCAACCAGAGCCCAAAGUCCACCAGACCCUCAAUCUAUAAAGUGCCAACCUCAAAUAUCUGCUUCAAGACCAACCAGAGCCCAAAGUCCUCCAGACCCUCAAUUUAUAAAGUGCCAACCUCAAAUAUCUGCUCCAAGACCAACCAGAGCCCAAAGUCCACCAGACCCUCAAUCUAUAAAGUGCCAACCUCAAAUAUCUGCUUCAAGACCAACCAGAGCCCAAAGUCCACCAGACCCUCAUUCUAUCCACCAGUACUCGCAUGUGGGUCCACAGAAGGUGGGAUCGGCCCCUUCUUUUGGGGGUCCGACUGCCUCCUUCCAAAAUGUCCAAAAAUCCGAACCUGGUCUUCCUCAGCCGUUCCGAACUAGACACAGGCCGAGCUACAAAACUGCGGUCUCUUGUGACGACGAAGAUGAAGACAUCCAGAUGACGCCAGAAGGCCAACUUAACUCCAUCGCAGUAAAGCCUGUGGCCGCCUCGUCACCAGAGAGACUUGUCCCGAAGAUUAACGUUGAGAAUGUGGAACAGGGAAAGAUACUCCCGUCCCAUCCGGGGAAGGAGCUAAGAGGUCGCUUUGCAGGUCUCCCAGGGGAGGCCGUGCCCAGCCGACGUAGUCUACCUGCAGAGUUGGUGGUGGUGGUGGAGGAAGGAAGGUUCUCGGAGCCUGGAGGUGCUCAGUCGGGACACAAACAAGGAUGGAACCAACAUGAGCGGGCGUGGAUGUCGAGCAGCCACAACAGCAUCUUCUCCCCUUCGUCUGAUACUGGCCUCGCUUGCAGUGAUUGGUCGCUCUCUGGUCCUGGAGGAUCGGAUUGGAACUGCAGCUCUGAGAAACAAGAGGUCGCAACAGGUGACCUGGUGAGAACCCUCAAAAGAGAAGUCCCCCAGCGAGCCAAUGAAACAACAAAACUUGGAUCCAUUGUGCAUCAUGCUGACAACUGGCACCGCUCCACAGGGGAUCUUUAUGAUGACGCCGAGUCAAGUGAUGGUUCAGUCUCUUCUCCAACGCCGCGUCAACGGCAGACACUCUCCAAGCGUGUCCGAAAGAACCUGCAAGGCAGGAUGUGCCGCAGCAUGGGCGCCGACUUGGACCAGUUGAUCCAGGAAGAGUCCGCUCGAGGCAGAGCGGGAGGAAAUGAAGCGGCGCGACUGAACCGCCUCCAUCGCAUCUCGUCCUCGUUGAGCCUGCACUACAACCUGUCAACCUCGUCGCUGUCAUCCUCCUCAAUGCAUUCUCGCUGCAACAGUCUCAGUGACUUGGCGGAGGGUGCAGGAGCGGUAAUAGCCAGUCCUUCGACAGCAUCCAGCACUCGUCAUUACAGCCCCAGCAAAAAGUCGCAGGUUCCACUGGAGCCCAGAGAGCAUGACUGGCUGGUAAAAGGGGCAUCAGGAUCUUGGCCAGACGUCUACUCGCUGUUCAGAGAGGACAACAACCUUCUCAACAAACGUGACUUCAUUUCUGGCUUGACUGUGCUGCACUGGAUCGCCAAACACGGCGACCACCGAGUCCUCAACACUCUCUGGUACGGCGUUGAAAAGGAAGGUUUGACCUUCGACAUCAACGCCCGGUCAUCGUGCGGCCAAACGCCGCUUCACAUCGCCGCCAUCCACAGCAACAAGAACAUCAUUCGCUUGCUGGUGAGCAAGUUCCACGCCGACGUGCAGCUGAGGGACACCGCGGGGAAGAGGCCCUGGCAGUACCUGGGACAAAAUGCGCCGACAGACAUCAUGCAGAUGCUGGGGGCGCCCGCCGCCACGCGAGGAGAAGGCCAAGCCGCCAGCGCGGACCACAGCGGUGAGCGCAGGCCUCACCCCCGCCGCCAUCGACCGCAUCUCCUGUCCCCUGCGUCUCCAGGUGAAAGAACCAGGACAGUUAAGGUGAAAAGGUCGUCGUCGAUCGCAGCGUUCCUCAAACAUAAAUCACUGAGUCGCUUUCACGGUUAUAAGUCAGAUGGCUGACAAUGGUGCUUCUUGGCAGGAAGUGCUCCACCAACACAGUACUUACACCUAAUACAAAUACACAAACUUGGGGGUGAUGUUUGGAUGCUUUAAAUGACAAUUUGGAUUCAAUUCGAUUCUGAUUAUUCGGUUCAGAAUCAAGUCUCUAUUCAACACGAUUCUCGCAAUAUAUUUUUUGAUAUGAUAAUAAAAAAAUGUUUUAAAAACGGGUUACAAAAGUUUCUUGGCUGCUGACGUGACAUGUAAGUCAAGUCUUUUGAAAUCAAUCGAGUCAGAAUCCAAAUGCUGUGAAUCGAUUUUUGUCUUCUUUGUUAUAGGUGACAUAUUAUUCCAAUUAAAGUAUUCUCGCUAAUGGACGUUAUUUUCUUAUCAUUUUUUUCUUUUUUUUCCAAAUUAACCUAAAUAACAAUCUGCGCACCCGAGCCUCAUUGAAAACACGUUUUUUGUUUUGAUUCUACUGGACAGUAUUUUUAUUUGUUGUUUAUACUUUGACGGUUUCAUAUUAAAUCAAAACCAUAUGUGUUGCUUUUCUUACAUUGCAGUGUUUCCAUAUAUUCUUUUAUUAGCAGCCGACCACAACAAUUUAUUCUGGACGGCCACAGAGUUUUGGCGUCCUUUUGUUUAAAGUAAGACAACUUUGUAGAAGACGUUGGCAUCUCAGCACACCUCACAUCAUUUUUUAAUUAAUAUUUUAUGUUUACUGCUUUUUACUAAUAAAACCUAUUCGAACCUCAAAGUAUAACACGGGCAACUGAAAACUACAGAUUUCAGUACAACCUGACAUGUUUUUUCAGUCUAAAAUCCUAGAAAAUCUAUUGGUGUAUAGAAUAGAAUGCCUUUUAUUGCCACUAUACACAGGUACAAUUGGAUUAAAAGCAACUCCGGUAUCAGUGCGACAGUCCACAAAUAUGCAAAACACAGGAAGGAAAGAAAAUGAAAAAAUAGUGCAGAGGAGGUACGAAGGUUCAGAAUGUGUUGUUUAAAAAUUAUACUAUAUACAGUGGGGCAAAAAAGUAUUUAGUCAGCCACCGAUUGUGCAAGUUCUCCCACUUAAAAUGAUGACAGAGGUCUGUAAUUUUCAUCAUAGGUACACUUCAACUGUGAGAGACAGAAUGUGAAAAGCAAAUCGAGGAAUUCACAUUUUAGGAAUUUUAAAGAAUUUAUUUGUAAAUUAUGGUGGAAAAUAACUAUUUGGUCAACUGAUGGAAGGAGGAUUUGGCUCAAAAUCUCACGAUACAUGGCCCCAUUCAUUCUUUCCUUAACACGGAUCAAUCGUCCUGUCCCCUUAGCAGAAAAACAGCCCCAAAGCAUGAUGUUUCCACCCCCAUGCUUCACAGUAGGUAAGGUGUUCUUGGGAUGCAACUCAGUAUUCUUCUUCCUCCAAACACGACAAGUUGAGUUUAUACCAAUAUGGAUACAUGGAUGAUACAGCAGAGGAUUGGGAGAAUGUCAUGUGGUCGGAUGAAACCAAAAUAGAACUUUUUGGUAUAAACUCAACUCGUCGUGUUUGGAGGAAGAAAAAUACUGAGUUGCAUCCCAAGAACACCACACCUACUAGAAGGUUUGAUGUGACACAAGAGACAAGAGUUAUAGUUAUGCAUGCUUGGUUAUGGUUUGAAUUCAUAACCAAUAAUUGCAACAACAACUUUUAACUAUUUAAGUAUUGAUAGCGAAGGAUUAGAAAAAAAUAAAUAAAUAAAGUUUAAAAAAAAAAAAGAGGCGAUUGCAUUGUAAGCUAUUCAGUUGUUUUUAGACACAUUUACUAGGAUACAUCUGGGAAAUCCCUUAUCUUUCUAUUAUGUUGCUAGUGUUUUAGUGAGAUCAUAUACUACCUGAUAGUCGGAGGGGUGUGGCCACGGGUGUUUUGACGCCACAGUCUCUGAGGGAAUCAGUCACGGCGGCAGCAGCACGACAGAAGUUCCGCUGAUCUCCGAUAAGAGGCGAUUUUUUUACCACAAUUUUCUCACCGAAACCUGCCGGUUGACAGGAUCCAUGUUCGCUUGACCGCUCUGAUCCAUAGUAAAGCUUUACCUCCGAGAAUUUUAAACAAGGAAACACCGUGUGUUUGUGUGGCUAAAGGCUAAAGCUUCCCAACUCCAUCUGUCUACUUUGACUUCUUUAUUAUUAAUUGAACAAAUUGCAAAAGAUUCAGCAACACAGAUGUCCAGAAUACUGUGUAAUUGCAUGAUGAAAAGAGACGACUUUUAGCUGCAAGUGGUGCUGGGCUAAUAUGUCCCCUCCAACCCGAGAUGUCACGCGUCAUCAUUCUGCGCCGUUUUCAACAAGAAACUCCGCGGGAAAUUUAAAAUUGUAAUUUAGUAAACUAAAAAGGCCGUAUUGGCAUGUGUUGCAAUGUUAAUAUCUUAUCAUUGAUAUAUAAACUAUCAGACUGCGUGGUCGGUAGUAGUGGGUUUCAGUAGGCCUUUAACAAACUAGUCUGAAAAAAAAAAAAGUAUCUCACUUGGUAAUUCAGUCUGUGCUUUUUUUUAUUUAGAUAAUAAUCCACAAUGGGGUCAAAAAUAGUGAGUGCCAGCAUUUUGGUAAAGGCGAGAAAAACCUUUUCAAUGUACUGGUUCUAAAACAUAAAAAAUGACUCCUAAGAGACGCACAGUGACAUCUAAAACAUAAAUUACGUAAAAAGACUCCUAAAACACGUAAUAAGACUCCUAAAACAUGUAAAAAGAACACUCUACAAUGCCUCACACUCAAACACUUUUAUGUUAAAAUACUGGACAGAUGUUUACCUUAUCCUAAUAAACAUCUUUUAAUGCCUCACAAUCAAACACUUUUAUGUUAAAAUACUGAACAAAUGUUUACCCUAUCCUAAUAAAGAUCUGUUCAGUAUUUUAACAUAAAAGUGUUUGAUUGUGAGGCAUUAAAAGCCACAAAAUGCAACGAGUCCAUCAGACCCACAAACGCUGGCUGAGUAACAAAAAUAUCGGGGCGGCAUAGCUAGGUUGGUAGAGUGGCCGUGCCAGCAACUUGAGGGUUGCAGGUUCGAUUCCCGCUUGUGCCAUCCUAGUUACUGCCGUUGUGUCCUCAGGCAAGACACUUUACCCACCUGCUCCCAGUGUCACCCACACUGGUUUAAAUGUAACUUAGAUAUUGGGUGUCACUAUGUAAAGCGCUUUGAGUCACUUGAGAAAAGCGCUAUAUAAAUAUAAUUCACUUCACUUCACUGGUACUUCCAUCACAAAUCCCCCUAACCAUGAUUGUUCUAAUCAGAAAGGUCAAACAAAACCACUCCAACACGUUUUUGUUUUUCAUCUCUUUAUUUGUUUGUGCCACAUGUUGGAUUCAGGGACCAGGAGCUACAUCCAGCAGGCCCCUCCAGAAAGUAAAACAAGAGCUUUUUGCAGGAAUGAAAACGUCUAGAUCAGGAAUAUUGUAAGAAGUGACAAUUUAUCACUCGUUGCUUCAUAGUGUGUUUGAAAGCAGACAGAAGUGCACACAUUUCUGUUGUUGUGGUGUUAAAAUGCCCUUAAAGUUCAUUGCACAAAGUCCCUCCAGUUCACCACAUCCCAAAGAAAUCUAAUUCGCUUCCUCCAACUUAUGUUAGUAAAUAUAGUUGGUGGGAUACAUAUUUGAUACCCUACAGUUUUACUGGCUUACAAAGACAUUCUAAUGACAGAAUACCAACAACAAAAUCCCAACUAAACAGUUAUAGAUGAAAUUGUACAUGAGUGAGGUAAAUAAGUGCAUGCAAAUUCCCAAGGGUUUUGGGGCUGUCGCUUGGCAAUUUACUUUUGGCCUCUGAUUUAAAUGGAAUUUAAAAUCCAUAUACUAGUUUAGGCCAUUCCCUUGUCUUGGCAAACAAGAAACCCUAACUAAGCCCUCCACAACCAAUCUGAGGCCAGGAAGUUUAAUUUGGUUAAAUACAAAUUUAUUUUUAACAUUUUCUCUUUUGUUUUCUUUGAUACUGUUAAACUUACCAUAACGGUGUUAUUUUCCUUCACUAAGUGGCGCUCCAGUGCAGAACUGCUUAAUGAACUCAAGUAGUUUGCUGCUUAAAGGUGCACUUGGAGGGUUUUUGCAGUGGUUCGGAUUAGGAACAAACUGGUAUUUGUCCACUUUAAACCUAACAAAAUCCCUAAUAAAGUUCAAUGAACUUGCUGAUGAAGGAAAUCUAAAACAGACCACAUCUUUGAAUGCGAAAAAAAAGCAUUUAAAUAUCCAACUUGCUAUUAAGGAAGAGGAAACAAUAAAUAAAGUUAACAAAUAAAAGUUGACAAACAUGAAUCUUAAUGGUUCUACUUUUUUUGGGAGAUAUUUUUUAUGUUUAUUUACUUUUUUUUGUAUUUGUGUCAACUGUAACGAAGAAAGAAUAGAAAGUUUUAAUUAUUUUUGUUGCUCUUGUUUUCUGGCUGAAGGGUCUGAAGGACGCUCAGGUCAAAACACAAAACAGAUGUGUGCCCAUCAGAACCAUCCACGUCAAUUUUUCUAUGUCAGAGGUUUCAUUUGUUGACCACGUCAACGCCGAAUGUCUGACAAUGUCGACUAACGUGAGCAACGAGAUGGUUCAGACCGCUUUAGGAGGCACAGACUGGCUGCAGCGGCGGGCAGGGGGAGGAGCGACCUCCCUCUCUUUCACCUGCUGCUGGUGUUGUUGUGGUUGUUGU